AUGGUUCCUGAAAUGUCAGAGAAAAAAAAAAUUACUAAAUGCAAAGAAAGUAAGUGCUGCCGUGCUGCUGUGUUGCCGUGCUGCAGUACUUCUGUACUGUUGUACUGCAGUGCUGCUGUGCUGCUGUGCUGCAAUGAUACUGUGCUGCUGUGCCGCUGUGCCGCUGUGCUGCUGUGCUGCUGUGCUGCAGUGCUGCUGUGCUGUAGUGCUGCAGUUCUGCAGUGCUGCUAUGCCGCUGUGCUACAGUGCUGCUGUGCUGCAGUGAUGCUGUGCUGCAGUACUAGUCUGCUGCUGUGCUGCUGUGCUGCUAUACUGCAGUGCUACAGUGCUGCAGUCCUGCUGUACUGCAGUGCUAUUGUGUUGCUGUGCUGCAGUGAUGCAGUCCUGCAGUGA